CUCAGACCGCGGCUGUGUUGUUGUGUUUAGCUAGCACACAAAAGAAUAUUAUCCUGUCUCAGUACCUAAUGUCAGACAUAUAGCUGUCAGGAUGAUGGAAUCAUGCCUGAGCAACAAGGCUGACAGACGGGAACAGAUAGAGGUGGAUGACUUGAAGAGAGAUCUCUCAUCAGAAUUCAGCACCUUACCAGACCCACAGCAUUCCAGCAACGAGGAGAGGGAACACCUUCAGGUCUACCUCCGCAUCCGACCUUUCAGCUCAGCAGAGAAUGAUAAUGGAGAGUCACAGGACUGUGUUACCAUUGAGCCCCCUGACACGGUUCUGCUGAAGCCUCCCAGCUUGUCUCUCUCAGCGAGGCUUAGUACUGAAAAAUCACUCCCACAGACUGGACAGCGCUUCCAGUUCUCUCAGGUGUAUGGUCCUGAGACAACACAGAGAGAGCUUUUUCAAGGCACCGUAAAGGAUUUGGUGAAAGAUGUUCUCGAAGGGGGAAACUCUUUGGUUUUCACUUAUGGAGUCACCAACGCGGGGAAGACCUUCACAUUCUUGGGUCCAGAUGCUGAUGCUGGUAUGCUGCCCAGGUCUCUCGACGUCAUUUUCAGCAGUAUCGAUGAACGCGUCUUCACUGGGAUGAGCAUCAAACCUCACCGCUGCAGAGAGUUCACAAGGCUCACCUGGGAGCAGCAGGCUGAGGAAGCGGUGUUCAAGAGAAGCUUCUUCAGACAAAUUAAAGAGAGCGAGAAGAGCAAUACCAGCCUUUUGAACUCAACCAAUAAGACUCUCCUUGAAGGAUCCUCCAUGCUGGGAAUGACUGUAGCAGCAGAGGACAAAAUCAGCCUGGCAGUGGAAACACACACCAAGUUCUCUGUUUGGGUUUCUUUCUGUGAAAUCUAUAAUGAGAACAUUCAUGACCUCCUGGAGGUGGUACCCAGCGGGGCCCCAAAGAGGACCGCACUGCGCCUGUCACAAGAUGUCAAGGGCAACGCUUUUGUCAAAGAUCUGCGUUGGGUUCAGGUAAAUAAUGCAGAAGAGGCGUACAAGGUGAUGAAGCUGGGCAGGAAGAACCAGAGUUUCUCUUCCACCCGACUCAACCAGCUCUCCAGCAGGAGUCACAGCAUGUUCUCCAUCCGCAUAUUGAGGGUUGAAGAUAUUGGGACUCCGAGGGUCCAUGCAGUCAGCGAGUUGUGUCUGUGUGACCUGGCUGGCUCGGAGCGAUGCGCCAAGACCCAAAAUAAAGGAGAGCGUCUGAAAGAGGCCGGAAACAUCAACACCUCACUGCUCAUCCUGGGAAAAUGCAUCAAUGCACUACGACACAAUCAGCAGGCCAAGCUGCUUAAGCACGUUCCCUUCAGGGAGAGCAAGCUGACCCACUACCUGCAGGGCUUCUUCUGUGGACGAGGAAAAGCCUGCAUGAUCGUCAACAUCAACCAGUGUGCCUCCAUGUAUGACGAGACUCUCAACGUCCUCAAGUUCUCUGCUGUGGCACAGAAGGUUGUGGUCCUGUCCACCAGGCCCCCUCACAUCAUGCCCCAGAGGUCCGCCAGUGAAGUAUCCUUCAUCAUCAACAACGCUGAGAGGAAGACUCUGAGGAGCAGCAGGAGGAGCUCCCUGAUUGGCUGGGAUAGUAGCCUGGAGGACGUACAGGAGGAUGAAGAUGAUGAGUAUGAGGACGGAAGGAGCCUAAUGGAGGACACAAUGGAUCAGACAGACAAUGAUGGAGACGGCAAGGAAAAUGAUGAAAAAAUUCUUGUCAGUAAAAGGUCGCACCAGAGGCAGGCGGCGCUGUUGAAACAGCUGCAGGUACAGCUGAAGAGGGAGCGAGCGGAGAGCCUGCUCAUGGAGGCUCGAGUCAGAGAGGAAAUCAGCAGAGAGUUCUCAGAGCUCUUCUCUGAGAUGCAGAAUGACUACAAUGACCGCCUGGCGAGGGAGAGAGAAAUCUUGGAGGAGCGAGCAGAGAGGAGGCUGGAAAUCUUCAAGAACCUCAUUGACAAAAUGGCCACCACUGGACCCAGUCAAGACUCCCAAGCCAUGGACACAUCUCUGGACUCCUACCCCCCUGAAUUGGCAGAAAUAAAGAAGGCCGCUGAGGCUGCUCAUAAAUAUCUGGGUUCAGGCCGAGCAGGGGCUCAGGGAAGCAGAGGAGACGCUGUGGAGGAGCUGGAGAGGAAGCUGCUAGAACUAAAUGAGCACCAGCGGAAAAUCCAGGAGCAGAUGGUGCACAAACACAAUGGUGAAACCAGCGGAGUAGAGGAUGAGGAGAAAAGGAGGCUCCUCUUUCAGCUCCAGGAGAAGUCAGCAGAGAUUGACCGGCUGCAGAAACAAGUGGGAGACCUGCAGAAGGUGGCAGAGCAGGGCUCACAGGGCCGCUCCUCGCUGGUCGAGGAGGGGGGUUCACAGCUGCAGGAGGUGCUGGCUGCCCUUGAAAAGGAGAAGAGAGGCAGAGAAGAGGCCCUCGCUGCUUUGGAGUACCAAACCAUGGGAAGAGAGGAGGCCCUGGCCUCUUUAGAGGAGGAGAGGAAAGCAAGAGAGGAGGCCCUUGCUACACUCAGGGAGCUGAAGCGAGACAAAGCGGAGGCGCUGGCAUCCCUUAAAGAAGAGAGAGGAGGCAGAGAGAAAGCCAUGGCAGUCCUUGAAGCUGAGAGGAGAGCCAAAGAGGGUGCCAUCGCAGCCCAUUUAGAAGAGAAGCAAAGCAGAGAUGACGUUGUUGCUGCUCUUGGUCAAGAGAGGAGUGACAGGGAGAAGGCUCAGUCUGUUCUGGAGGUUGAGAGGAAGGAGAUCAGCAGGCUGGUUGAGGAGAGAGAAAAGAUGCAACAGGAGGGUGAUGCUCUACGACAAGACGUCAGAGAGCUGACUGCCAGACUGGAAGCUGCGGAGUGCCAGGUGACCAGCAAGACAGAGGGAGCUGAACAAGUGUUAGUCCAACUACAAACUGCUCAGGCACAACUGGAUGAACACUCCAAGGACAUCCAAGAGAAAUCUUCCCAGAUCCAGACCCUGACGCAGGAAGUUCAUAACCUGAAACAGGAACUGCAGACGUCAGCAGCAUCAUCUGAGGGUGACAGUGAUCAGCUGAGAGAGGAAGUGUCGAAGCUUCAGAAGAAUCUGGCAGAGGAAAAGGACAAAAAUGAGAGCAAGCAAAGACAAAUUCUGGAGCUGGAGCAAGAGCUAGGACAGGCAAAAGAACAGCAGGCACACAAAGAGCAGAUCUCCGACCAGCAGCUGACACAGUUAACAGAGAAGAUGAAUCAACAAGAAGCAGCUUCAAAAGAACAAGUUGAAGAGCUCAGAAAGCAGCUUCAGGAGCAAGAAGAGAUGUCGCAGCAACCACUGGAUGACCUCAGAUCCAAACUCGAAUGUCAAGAACAUGCUUCCAAAGAAGAAGUAAAACAGCUGAGGACACAACUUGAGGAACAAACGCAGGCCGCGGAAAAGCAGGUAGAGGCGCUCAAUGAGAAGCUGCGAGAACAAGAAGUGAUGUCACAACAGCAGUUGGAGGAGCUGAAACACAAACUGAGUGAACAAGAAGCAGCCUUUGGCAAACAUGUAGAUGAUCUCAAGCAAAAGCUAAGUGAGCAGGAGCAAACCGCAGAGCUGCUCAAGGCCCAGCUGAAAGAAGCAAAUAGUUCCUCUAGCUCUGCUGCUGAUCUCAAGAGGUUGAACUCUGAUCUUCAGACUGAGAUUGCAUCCCUGAGGUUGAAGGUUUCCAACAUGGAAGAAACUGAAGCUCAGCUCGCCUCUUCAGAGAUGGAAGCAAUGCUUAAAGAAGAGGACAAACAGAUGGAAGAGCAGCUAGCUGAGGUGGAGAAAGCAGCUGCAGAGAGAGAAGCCGAGCUGCAGAAAAAGCUGCUGGAAAAGGAAGCACAGGUAACAUCGCUCCAGAAGAGCCUGGAGAAGGCGCAGGAGCAGCGGGAGGAGGAGGAGAGCCAGGCGGUCCAGGAGGCCCGGCGCAGGGAGGUGGAAAGACGCAGGGAGCUGCUCGCUGUGGCGCAUGAGGCCAUCGCUCAGAAGGACAUAGAGCUGGAGAAGAAAGGCGAGGAGAUCAACAGACUAAAAGAAAAUGCCAAACAGGACUCGGACAAAGUCAAGAGCCUCAGCCUCGACCUUCAGAGGAAAGAGGACGACACUUCAGAUCUCAAAGAGAAACUCGCCGACUACAAGAAGCAGAUCCAGCAGGUCCAGAAGGAGAUCUCGACCAUGAGGGAAGAGGAAAAGCUUUUGAGGCAGAAGCUGGCUGACACUGAGAAAGCCAGGAAGCAGCUUCAGUCUGAUGUUGCCAACAGAGACAGAACCAUUCAGCUACUCAAAGUGGAUCAAUCAUCUGACACCAAGACUGACCAGACACUCCACCAGAAGACCUGUAAAGAACUUGAAGCUAAGGAGCGUGUGAUAGAGGACAUGCGUUUGGCUCUGACGGAGCAGGAGGAAACACAGGACCAGAUGGAGCAGGCCUUGGAGGAGAAACUUAACCUCAUUCAGGAGCUCUCCAGUGAGGUGGACAAUUUGAAAGGGAUGUUGUUGCAGCAGGAUCGCCGUGGAAACGACACACGGCGUCAAGUCGACAACCCAUCAGAUGACCUUAACAUGGCCAAACAGGAAGCUGCCCGGGCUCAGGAGAGCUUGAAGUUGUGUGCAGAUAAACACCAGGCCGAACGCAAAAAGUGGCUGGAGGAGAAGCUGUCCCUCAUCGGCCAAGCUAAAGAGGCGGAGGACAAGAGGAACCAGGAAAUGAGGAAGUUCGCAGACGACAGAGAGCGCUUCACUCGACAGCAGAGCCAGUUGGAGUCCUUGUCGUCCCAGCUGGCUGAGAAGGAGCAGGCUAUGGAGAAGUGGAGGAAGGAGAGAGACACUCUGGUAGCAGCUCUGGAGGUCCAGCUGCAGAAGCUUCUCUCCAGCCAGACGGAGAAAGACAAACUCAUCCAACAGCUGCGUCAAAAUAACCCACAGCCGCCACAAGAGAGUGGUGAUGGCGGCGUCAGCUUGGCGGAACUGCAGGCUGCUCUGUCUGAAAGAGAAACAGAGAUCCUACAACUAAAGGAAGAGCUCAACGCCUUAAAAGCCAAGCAGGAGGCCACGGUCACACAGACUAAAAGCAACAACAGCCCUGCUACACUGGUUGGAAAACCCCAGAGUGACACUAUUAAAAGAAAGUCAGGAGGUCGGAGGGACACCAGAGCAUCAGUCAGCAGUCAGGGCUCAGCUGGCUAUCCAUCAGUGCUAGAAUCCUCUGAGAUUUCCACAGAGAACGGCAGGACGAGUCGCUUCCCGCGGCCAGAGCUGGAGAUCUCCUUCAGCCCUCUGCAGCCAAACCGCAUGGCUCUGAGACGCCAGGGAGAGGAGAGCGCCGUCACCGUCAAAAUCACCCGCUCCACACGCAAGAGGAAGAGUGGAGAGAUGGAGAAGUCUCACAUUUUCAGGAGGAGUAAACGACGAACGACACAAGAGGAAGAGGUGGAGGCAGAGAACAGAAGGAACACAAGGACCAAACUGACGCCAAAGCUGACCCCACACCAGGAGGAGAUCUCCUCCUCAGCGGGUCGCCAUAACUCCCAGAGCAGCAUCCACAGCAGAAAGGAAGGAACUCUGCAGAAGAUCGGAGACUUCCUGCAGAGCUCCCCCACGCUGCUCGGCAGUAAAGCCAAGAAGAUGAUGAGUCUGGUGAGCGGUCGGGUUGAUGCAGACUCAGCAGCCUCGUCUUCCUCCUCUUCAUCCCUCAGUCUAAGAGCCAAGAAGAACAAAAGAAAACUUUACAGGCCUGAGAUCUCCUCGCCCAUGGACAUGCCCUCACAUCCAAUCAUCAGCAGAGAGCCAGAGGAGAAGGAAAGUGACCAUCAGAUCAUUAAGAGACGCCUGCGCCCCAAGAUGACUAAAUAAUUAACCCACUUAGAGUACUGUACACCAUCUAUUUUUGGCUGAACACUAUCUUAAUAAAAUGAAGGGAGCAUUUAGCUGCUUUAAGCCCAACACAUAUGUUCUAUGUUACGAUGGCUCUAAAGUAAAAACAUAACCUUUAAGUUAUCUUAUUUAAUCUGAAACAUUUAUUUGAAUAGUUAAAUACUAAAGUAGAGCCACGUUACUAAUAUACAGCUACGUGGCAAGCAGGCAGUUAAAGGAAUAGUUCAACAUUUUGGAAAGCCCACUUUUUCUUUUUUCUGCUCAGAGCUCAAUGAGAAGAUUAAUACCACUGUUAUCCAUGGGAUCUUUAUUAAAUCUAACUCUGAAAAAAACAUGUCCCAAAAUGCUGAACUAUUCUUUCAAAAAACUGAUAAACGAUUUAAUCAACUUUUGUCUUGUAGAUUUUUUUUCUUCGAGAGAUGCUGUGUUGUCCACAUUUACCAUCACAUGCCUCCAGUCACUGCGUUUAUUCUAUUAAAUAAUAAGCACUCUAAAUUUGUAUAUCUUUUCACUUCAUAGACAUAAGAUGCUGCCUUUUUUCUUAUUUUUCAUGUGCAAUUUUUAUUGAAAUAUCUGGGCUGGGCUAGAGUUUGGUUAUUAUUUGUAUUUUUUGUUUAUUUUUACUUAUUUGAGUAAGCUCCAUCACUUAAAGUUUAUUUUCAUUUUUCAAACCUCUGUUGUGUUGACAGCAGAAAUAACUUCUUUAUCUCAUAGUGAACCACUGACUUAUUUUCUGAAAGUGAUAUCAACAGAGCUGCUAAGGGAGCAUUAAAAAUGUCUCACAUUGUUCUCAGCAACUUUUUUUUUCCAUUUUCAUAAUGGUUCAGAUAUUCAGAUGCCAAGCACCUCUGUAGUUUACUUUGUAUUCAGCUGUAAAACAUCCACUACACAUUCACUAGACUCCUACUGCACUUUAUCUCUUUCCUCGAACAAACUUAAGGAAAGGAACAAAAUGUGAUCGUACACUAAAGCUAGGUAAGGCUGGACAAAAUGAUCAAUGGUUCUGCUGUGUACCUGUUACUGAAACACAUUCAUGCAGUCUUCUUGUAAUAGUUCAGGGUUCUGUCUCCGACUGCUAAAAGCAGCCACUUGGAUGUUGAGCUCUUCAGUUCACUAUUAUGUUCUUGAUGAAGGACUGCUUAUUGUUUGAUCUUAUGUACAGUAAAAUGUUGUUUAAACUGACGAUGUUUAAAAGAAAACUUUCAUUCCUGAGGUUUAUUUUCUGAAAAUGUGCACUUUUCUAUAUUUCACUCAUUCCAUCCUUUAUACUCAUACCAUCAUGUUUUCUAUAGAUCUUAAGUCAUUUGACUAUUAAAAAUACAAACAUUUGCUU